GCACGAUCAACUAAGGAGCAGCGCUGGGGAGGGCCUCUUCUCUCCAGAAAUCACUCCUUGGAGGAGGAAUUUGAAAGAGCAAAGGCAGCCGUUGAGUCAGACACAGAGUUUUGGGAUAAAAUGCAAGCAGAAUGGGAAGAAAUGGCUCGCAGAAACUGGAUUUCAGAGAACCAGGAAGCACCAGGGCAAGUCACCAUCUCAACCAUUGAGAAGGGUUAUUAUUUCCAUACUGAGAAUCCAUUCAAAGACUGGCCCGGUGCUUUUGAGGAAGGACUGAAGAAAAUGAAAGAAGGUGACCUGCCAGUUACAAUCUUAUACCUGGAGGCUGCUAUUCUACAAGAACCCAAUGAUGCAGAGGCCUGGCAGUUCCUGGGCAUAACACAGGCAGAGAAUGAAAAUGAGCAGGCAGCCAUUGUCGCCCUCCAAAGGUGCUUGGAACUCCAGCCAAACAACCUGAAAGCUCUGAUGGCCCUGGCUGUAAGUUAUACUAACACUGGCCAUCAACAAGAAGCCUAUCAAGCUCUAAGAAGCUGGAUAAAGCAAAAUCCAAAAUACAAGUAUAUAGUGAAAAGCAAAAAAGGGUCCCCUGCACUUACCAGGAGAAUGUCUAAGACAUCAGAUGAAAGCUCACUACUUGAAGAAGUAAAGGAUUUGUACCUGGAGGCUGCUCAUCAGAAUGGUGAUAUGAUAGACCCUGACUUGCAGACAGGACUUGGAGUUCUUUUCCACUUGAAUGGAGAAUUUAACAGAGCAAUAGAUGCAUUUAGUGCUGCUUUAACUGUUCGGCCAGAGGACUAUACAUUAUGGAACCGUCUUGGAGCAACCCUGGCAAAUGGGGAUCGAAGCGAAGAAGCUGUUGAGGCCUACACACGUGCUUUAGAAAUACAACCUGGUUUCAUUAGGUCCAGAUACAAUCUAGGGAUAAGCUGCAUAAACCUAGGGGCAUACAGAGAGGCUGUCAGCAAUUUUCUCACUGCUCUCAGUUUGCAAAGAAAGAGCAGGAAUCAACAACAGGUUCCCCAUCCAGCUCUAUCAGGCAAUAUUUGGGCAGCACUUCGAAUUGCUCUGUCUAUGAUGGACCAGCCAGAACUAUUUCAAGCUGCCAAUGUGGGUGAUCUGGACAUUCUGUUAAGAGCUUUUAAUCUAGAGCCGUAAUAAAAA